AUAAGCAAAAGUAUUUAUUUCAUCUUUACAAUACAAUCUGUGAUUAAUACAAGAGAUACAUUUAGGAUUAUUAAGUGAUGAAAGUGAAGCAUUAUGUUCCUCUGAAUCUAAUUUCUUUACCUAAUCUAUUUCAGCACAAUCGAAAGCAUUUGAUUUUGAUUCCCUCUCAAAGGGCCAUAGCGUGACUGUCAGUUUCAGACAGUCGUAUCCUUUCCUCGACACAAGCAUCAAACUUUUCUGGUUAAUGCAACAGGAUGAAGCACUCUCAAGAUUUUCAGAUGUGGCACAAAAUGAGCCUCACACGGAGGAAUUCGUGUUUACCAUAAACAUGAAGAAGCAUGGCACAUGUUUUUUGUAAAAAGUUGCUUUCAUUAUUAUUUGGUUCCUCUGGUUUCCUUGUUUCUACUCAACAUGCUCAGAUACCCACAGUGCUUAAUUUAUCCAUUAUUAUAUUUCCAUUAGAGAUUGUUGUUUUGUCCAUAAACAUCAUGCGAGUUGCUAUAAAGCAUUCUUAUGUUGCUGGUAGAACCAAUUGCAUUUCUCGACAAUGUCAUCUGUACCUGGAAUGUUGCAGUACAGGCUCAGAACAGGCUAUACCAGUAACCGCUCUGAUGUCUCUCACUUCUUGAAGUGAACACACAGAAGUGCUUUCGCUAAGAACCUGUAGACAUGUCUCAAAGUAAACCUGAGGAGCGUCUUGCUUUGGAGUUGAGCUGUCCAAUCUGUUUGCAGCUGUACCGUGAUCCUGUAGCCCUUCCUUGUGGACACAAUUACUGCCUGGGUUGUAUACAAAAUGCUGCCCACGCAGAAGAUCCCAAGUCCCCGAAACGUUGUCCGGAGUGCAGAGAAGAGUACGGCAGUCCGGAGAUGCUUCCGAAGAACUUCAAGCUCAGCGGUAUCGUGGAUGGGUUCCUGGCAGCCACUUCAGGCGGUGGAUUGAGAGGAGGCCCGACGGUGCCAUGUGACCAGUGCCUGGAUGAUCCAGUGGCUGCGGUGAAAUUCUGCACACGCUGUGAAAUGUCACUGUGCCCCGGCCACCUCAAGAGACACGAGGAACGACACAGAUCGGUACACGUCUUGGUGGAGCUGCCCAUAGAACGGAAUGGGAAGAGGUGCCCAGUGCACUUGAAGGUGACGGAGUAUCUGUGUGCGCAGGAACGACUGUUCCUCUGCUCAGACUGCCUGAUGGAGGGCACUCACCAGCACCACGAGGUGCAGACAUUCGAGGUGGCAAAGGGAGAAAUGAUGAGAAUUCUUGAGGAACUGGGGAAGUCUGUGUCCGACAAGCUACAGAUGACAGAAACUCUCCUGAAAAGCGCCAGCGAAGGACCUACGGACAAGGCCGAAGAUAAACUGGUGGCCAGGGCAAACAUACUGCUGGAAAACAUGACUUCACUUAUAAGUACAUACAAGAGUCGUAUGAGCACCAUGAUGGACGACAAACUUCAUUCGCGGGACAAAAGCUGGCAGGCCAGUCUAUGUGAUUUGGAGGGUUGUCUACACCAGCUGCAAGAAGCCCAGCAGUGCACUCGUGAUGUUCUCAAUCAAUCCUCAGAGUUUCUCUUCAUCCAGAACUACCUCGGCGUUGAAGCAAGGGUCCGCCAGGCUGCUAACGUCACCAUUCCUGCUCUACCUUCCCAAGAGCCCUCCAAUGCCAAGCACCUGCGCUCCACCCUACGUACAGAUGCCUUCCACGCCGAGAUGAGUCUUCUGUUGGAGUGCCUCCAUGGCAUAAUGAACCCUCUAGACCUGACCUUCAACCCAGCCACAGCCAAUCCCAGCCUUCUGCUGUCCACCGAUCUCAGGACAGUCAAGCAGUGUGCUGGAGUUAAGAGCAGUAGCUCUGGAGAGCAGAGUGAGCGCUUCUCCUCGGCCAGUCAAGUCAUGUGCACGCAGGGUUUCUCCACAGGAGUUCACAUGUGGGCGGUGGAGGUCGGCCCUGGGUGUGCGUGGUCUGCGGGACUGUGCUAUAAAAGCAUCCCACGUAAAGGUGACCAUAGCAGGCUGGGACAUAACACCAGCUCUUGGAAGUUGCAGUGGAAAAGCAAGAAGCUGAUGGCAUGCCAUGACUCGGCUAAUGUGGCUGUAGGUGACGGGCUGGUCAUGCCGCCAAAGAAGGUCGAAGUGACCCUGGAUUACGAAGGUGGAACUAUUGCCUUCCACAGCUCAGGUCAAGGAGGCCGAAAGCAGCAUCUUCAUACAUUCAGUUGCGUGUUCAAGGACACGGUGUAUCCUGCGUUUGGGCUACACUCUACCUCAGAAGAUUCAUGGAUAACUCUUUUGAGUGGAGUUUGACCGACACAAACAUGCUUUCAUUUUCAAUUUAUGUAGCAUUCUUCUCUUCUGCUUCAUUCUCUUUGUCCUUUCAAAAUGCUUUAUGCAUUAUUAUGCCUGAACAUACCCCUGGAAAGAAUAGCCUUGGUAUAGUCCAGGAAUGUAAUGCACAUUUUAUUUGCUAAAGAAAAAAACUUUUUAACACUUUUUAACAACAUAGUAGUUCUUGAUGUAGUUACUUUGACUGUUAAAAAAAAGCUAGCACUUUAUUUUAGGGUCCAAUUCUGACUAUUAACUAGUUGCUUAUUAGCACGCAUAUUUAGGAUAUUGGCUAUUUAUUAG